AUGAAUUCUGAACAGAGUGAAUCAUCAUCACUUCCUCGUGAUCUUUGGUCAUAUUCCGAUAAUGUCUUUUAUAGUUUUGUUAAAACUUUUGUUGGUGAAAUUGAAGGAGAAAUUUUGGAAAUACAAUGCAUAAAGAAUGUACAAAUUUUAUUACAAGUGCCGGACGUCUUUUCAUUUUUUCGAUUGAAUUGUAAAGAGAUAUCGGCUUUAAAAAAGAAGGCUUGUUUUCUUGACGAUGACAUGAAUUUUUUGGUACGACCUGGAAUUAAAUACAAUAUUGAAGAAUUUAUUAAUUUAUUAAACCGACAUUUUGAAGUGAAAUUAAUGACAAACAAUACCAUUCCGCCUAAUGCAACAGCAUCUGCUGCACACAAUAACAUCGGUCAAUGUGUGUGUGGUUUUACAAAUAUUGAUACAGAAAAUGAUGAAUAUGAAUCAGAACCAUUCAUUAACAUUUUUCUUAAUAAUCUGCUGAAGAACAUGAAACGUCCAAAAAAUAACUUUCGAUUUAAUGAUAUCAUUAAAAAAUUUGCAUCGGUAUUGAGAAUAUUAGCUGGUAAUAACGCUUAUGAAUUUAUCAGGAUUAAUCUUCCUGGAGCUUUGCCAUCUAAUACAACAUUGGAGAAUUACGAUGCAAAUAUGAAUUUUGAACUAAAGGAGUGUGAAUUUCGCUUUGAUAUGUUGAAAGAUUAUAUGCAAUCGAUAAAAUCCGAAUAUGUUUUCUCGUCUGAAGACGCGACUGGUGUAGUUAGCUCGGUGUCUUAUGAUGCUGUUAAUGACUGUUUUAUUGGUUUUACAUCACCGUUAAAUAAUGGUUUACCUAUUGUUGAUCGAUUUAAAACCAACAACUAUAAUGAACUUGAAGAAUGGUUCGAAAAUAUUGACAAAUCCACAUUAGUUAAUGUUCAUUUAAUUGAACCAUUGUUAAAAGAUGUGUCAUCGUUGGUACAUUCGAGACCAUACAUUUUGAGUGGUUAUGGUAUUAACAAUAAACACUCUGCAUACGAUACGAUACGUAGGUGGAUUCAUAUUUAUAAUCAAUGUAAACAACAAAAUGUGAAUGUAGUUGGCUUUUCGACGGACUGUGACUCACGUUAUUUCAAGGCGAUGAGAUUGGCAUUAGGUUUCUUUUCUCGAGCACCUAAUGUUGAUUUAUUAACAGGAAAUAAUGAUGCAUUUGUAAUUGAUAUACCAUCGAAUUGGAAGUUUUUCUUUAUGAGACCUCAGCAGUUGUUUCUUUGUAUGCAAGAUGGUCCACAUUUAGUGACCAAGAUUCGAAAUCGUUUGUUAUCAGAUGUUGCCACCUUGUAUAUUAAUGAUGAUCAUAUUAAUAUAAACCAUUUACUUGAAUUAAUUGAAAACCAUCCAAAACUUGAUCAUAAUUUAGUACAAUCCGAUAUUAUUCCGCAAGAUAAACAAAAUUAUACUUCUUGUUUGAAAAUCACGUCAAAUGACGUAUUACUUUUGUUACAACAAACGAAUCACAAAGCCACAUAUAUUUACUUGUACUUAUUAAAAUUAAUCAUUCUUGCUUAUGUUAAAUCGGACACUGAAAUUCUUACUCGACUGUACUUUGGUUGGACUGUUGCCUUUGCAUAUCGAAUUUGGUGGUGUAGUAUUCGAUUAAAUGGAAACUUAUCUCAAGCCGAAAAAGAGAACUCGUUUAUUACAAGAGCAGCUUGGCUUUCGGCUGAAAUAAAUAUCCAUACGUUGACCUUUAUCAUUAUAUUAGUACAUAAAGGACGUUUACCACCGUAUGCACUUAAUAUCCAUCUUUUUAGCAAUCAACCAUGUGAAUCUACAUUCAGAAGUGCUAGAUCUCUUUCUGCUUCUCUUUCAUCAAUUACAACGUUCUCAGUUUCUCAAUUUAUGAAUAAGAUAGGAAAAAUUUCUCUUUUGAAUCAAAUGAAAUCAAUAGAAGAGUCUAAUAACAAAGAAUAUUCGUUGAAAUUUCCGAGACAUCACAAGCACCGUCGUGAUGAAUCUGAUGUAUCUGUAUAUGCUCAAAAUGUAUCAGCAGUUACUACAGAAGAUAUAGAGAAAAUCAUAAUGAAAGCUUAUCAAAAGGCAGAGUCAAUCAUGAAUAAUUUUGAAUUAAUAAAAAUUUUAAAAGAAUCAAAUUUAGAUGAUGUCUAUAAACUUAGUUCAUUUAUUUCUCAUGAACUCAACAAAAAAUCACCAGUUGAUCAUUCAGUUAUUAACAAUUAUGAUAAUGAUGAUUAUGAUAGUUUAGAUGAAGAUGAAGAAGAUAAUGUUACCAGCAAAUUUCAUAAUGUUGAAUUAGUUGAAAGCGAUGAACACUCAUCAGAUGAAAAUGAAGAAGAAGUAUGCAAUCUUGAAACAUCAAAACAAACAUUUCGUGGAAUGAAAAUUUAUUCAAAUGUAAAGUCUACAAAAAUUAACAAUUAUUUCAAAAUUCAAAUUAAUAAUAAUGAUUAUUAUAUGCACAAACAAACGGCAGCGCGUCUUUUGACAACCAACAAGAAUCAUUUGUCAUCUGACAGAUGCUUUCGAGUCAAACAGACGAGUAGACAAUGUUAA